AGAAGCAGAGGGGGGAAAGGAAAAACAGAGGGUCUGUGCCUAUGAGAUGAACCAGUCCAGUUAAUCCACAUAAAGGAACACAUCUGGGUCAGAUGGAUAAAAAGAAGAAAGGAUCUGCUAAGGAGCUCCGACUCAUGGUGGUCGGCAGCAGCGGGCCUUCCCAGUUCCAACUGACCAAUGCUAUACUGGGAAAGGAGGCAUUUUCCAAGGAUGUCACCAGCAUUUCUGCCAGCAUGAAGAAUAAGGGACAGCUGGGUGGUAGACCAGUGGCUGUAGUUAACGGACCAAAUAUUUAUGAUAAAGACAUAUCUCAUCCAAAGAGGGAGAUGGAGCUGAGAAGGUCAAAGUGCUUGUGCAUACCUGGUCCUCACGCCUUCCUAAUUGCUUUUGACCUGGAAAACAUCUCCCUCAAUGACAUGAAAACUCCCAAACUGCUCAAAAAACGCUUCGGUGCCAACUGUCUAAAACACUGCAUGGUGCUGUUUGCCUACGAGGGAGAUCUGGAUGGCGCUGCAUUGGAAAACAGGGUGAAGAAGACUGACUGGUACCUGAGAGAACUGAUUGAAAAGUAUGGUGGUCGUUUUCAUGUUUUUAAGAAGAACUGGAGAGGUCGCUGCCAGGAGAAGGAGCUGCUGAGGAAGAUCGAAGUGAUGGUGGCUUCGCUGGGAGGCGGACACUUCUCUAGCAGGACUUUCCAAAAGGCAGAGGACAGUGUGAGGAAGGAGGAGAGGCGGCUGAGGAAAAAAAGGUCAGAGGAGAUAGAGCGGACGUGGAAUGAAAUGGAGCAGCAGUACAUAGCGAAGGAUCUGCGCUUGCAGAAGGAUGCCUACAAUGCCUGCAUUGGAGCAGAGAUCCAAGCUAAAGCUGAGCUGGACAACGGGUGGCUCAGGACGUCGCUGGUAAGAGGCCUGGGGACAGGCCUGGUGGUUGGAGCUGUGAUGGGUGCUCUGUUUGGUGCUAUUGAGGGACCAGGAGGGAUGGUGCUUUAUGGUUUUAUAGGGGGGGCAGUUGGUGCGUCUGCAGGAGGAACUGCUCAGGUAGCGAUCAAGCAUAUGGAGAAUAGAGUGUACCCACCUGUCAGACUCAACUUCAACUCAAUCUUCAUCAACCGCUUCUUUGCAGCUUCUCGUAGCUGCUAGAUAAACAGUCCAGGCUCACCUGGUCCGUCCCUGAAGGUAAAGUGUAAAAGACCCUUCAUCUGGUAUGUAACUGACUGUGGAAGCCAGCGGUCUAGUGGAAAAACAAACGCUAAUCAGUAAAAAUAAAAGAUUGCAUUUUAAAAAAUGUGUGAUUGCAGUUUUUUGUUUGUACGUUGGGCCUGUCGUGAGCAUGGGCGGCU